AUGUCCUGUGAGAUGUGCCCGCUUGUGCGCCUGCUCCUGCUCUCCGCCUGGGCUGGGGUGGUUCUCUGCUACCCCUUCAGAACCCCCGUGGAGCUGGACGUCACCCCACGCAUCACGGUGCCCAUCCAAAGUCUCCAUGGCUGCCGCAGGUUCCGCUCCUCGACGGUGAACCACAGUGCCUUGUUGCUGCAGCCUGACAGCCCGCGCCUGUACGUGGGGGCUCGCGGGGCCGUGUUUGCGCUCAACGCCUCUGACAUCUCAUCCAGCUCCUCUCUCAAGCUUGAGUGGGAAGCGUCCUCCGAGCAGAAGCAGCAGUGUCUGACCAAAGGGAAAGAUAACAAGACAGAGUGUUUUAAUCACAUCCGAUUGCUGCAGCGAUUCAACUCGACCCAUCUGUACAUGUGUGGGACUCACGCCUUCAGACCUCUCUGUGCAUACAUAGACGAGAAGAGCUUCAAGAUGUCCUCCCCUGAAGAAGGCAAAGACAAGUGCCCGUACGGUCCGACCACUGGCUACACAGGCCUCGUUAUAGACCAACAGAUCUACACAGCCACCCAGUAUGAAUUCCGGAGUUUUCCAGAUAUCCGCCGCAACUCUCCGUCUCCCACGCUGAGGACCGAGGACGCACCCACGCGCUGGCUCAGUGAGGCAGACUUCGUGGGCUCGGCGCUGGUGAGAGAAGGCACAAACAACCCCGCCGGAGAUGACGACAGGAUCUACUUCUUCUUCACGGAGAGUGCGGAGGAGCAGGGCAGCCGGGUGGCGCGGGUGGCACGUGUGUGUAAGGGUGACAGAGGGGGGCACCUGACCCUCCAGAAGCGCUGGACAUCGUUCCUCAAAGCUCGUCUCGUCUGCUCCCUGCCAGAGUUCAACUUCCACUUUAACAUUCUGCGCAGUGUCUUCACGCUGCCGGCCGCGGCUCCAGAGGACACACUCUUCUUUGGCAUCUUUGGACUGGAGUGGAAGAACGUCAAAGGCUCUGCAGUGUGUCGCUUCUCCCUGGCUGAAGUGCGGGAGGCUUUCCAAGGGCCCUAUAUGGAGACGCAGGACUCGGGCUCCAAGUGGAAAGAGUACAGCGGGAAGAUCCCCGAGCCCCGGCCUGGAACGUGCAUCACAGACUCCCUGCGGGCCCGGGGCAUAAACGUGUCCACUUCUUUACCAGACGACGUCCUGGACUUUGUGAGGAGACACCCCCUCAUGUCCCUGCAGGUGCAGCCCACCGACAAGAGACCGCUGCUCUACAGGAAGGCCACUGACUACACACAGUUAGCAGUGCAUGUGACGCAGGCUGUGGACGGACAACACUAUCAUGUCUUGUACCUGGGCACAGAUGACGGCUGGCUGCACAAGGCCGUCCAAGUGGAAGGUCAGCUGCACAUCAUCGAGGAGCUGCAGUUGCUGCAGGAACCGGAGCCUGUGAGCAGCGUGCUGGUCUCCCAGGAUCAGAUGAGCGUCUACGUGAGCUCCCCGUCCGGCGUGGUCCAGCUGCCCCUGUCCUCCUGCUCCCGGUACUCGUCCUGCUACGACUGCGUCUUCUCCCGGGACCCCCACUGCGCCUGGGACGGGGACAGCUGCGUGGACCUCCUGUCUCUCUCCAACAGGUCUGCUUUAAUCCAGGACAUCCUACACGGCAGACGAGGAUGCGAAAACUACCAGCAGGCGGUGCUCGAGAAGAGGCGGUUCGUGCGAGUGGGCGAUGACGUUCUCCUGCAGUGCGAGCUCACCUCUAACCUGGCCUCGCCCGUGUGGACCCAGGACGGGCGUGACCUGCAGGGCUACGGCCUCAGCUCCGGGGUCCGCACAGGCACCGACGGGCUGCUCAUUAUCGACGCCAAACCCGACCAGAGCGGACUGUACACCUGCUACAACCUGGAGAACAACAUCCGCGUACCUGUCGUCUCCUACAACAUCAGCGUUCAAGAAGAUACGCCAACUUUUGACGACGUGGAACCGAACGAGGCUGUUAGCGUCUUCACUUUGCCAACUCCGGAGGAAGCCAUUUCCACAGAGCGCCCGCUAAACCCAGUCCCAGCUCCGCUGCUGCCCACCUCGAGCUUACUCACCUCGCAAAACAUGGAGGCUUUGUACCUAACGCUGAUCACCAUUCUGGGCGGUCUGUGCAUCGUGCUAACCGUGGUGCUUCUGUACGUCGGGUUCUGCCUGCGUGUCGGCAACCGCGGGAAGUACUCGCUGCGUGCCGCCGCCGCUUCGUAUCCAAGCAACAAACGGGCGAAGAAAAACAAGAAGCAUCGAAGUUCCGCUAACAUGGAGCUGAAGACCAUCUCUGCCCACUGCAACGGCUACGCUAACGGUAACGCCAAGCAUCAUCACAACGGAGAAGUGCAUAACGGCGGCCUUCUUCAGAUCGUGCCGGGAGAAGGACACACAACGUCCAACAGGGAUUCACCGCCGCCGGCCCCGCCUCUCCCGUCCACACCAGACCACCAGUCGCCAGAGUGCGAAUUCAGCAACGGGCUAUCGGCAUCUCUGCCUAGCAUGCUACGAAGGAUAAACGGAAAUAGCUACGUACUGCUAAGACAGAGCGACUCAGCCAACACAUCGCCGAACGGAUAUUCUUUCACAGAUGAGUUGAGUAAGAUGUUGGAAAAGAGGAAACACACGCAGAUACUACCGAUACCGGACGAGAGCUCUGUUUAG